AUGUCUGCAGGUGAAGAAAACAUGCAAUCCAGUUUGAUAUCAGCGGAAGCCAAUGCUUUGGGUGGGGAAUCCCAGGCUUCACAUACAUCCAUUAGUAGGGAAGUCAUUCCUGAUAACGAUGUUGAAUACAUAUCCCCUGAUGCAGAACUGACUGAGGAACUACCCGAGGAUGUGGAAGCAAUUGAAUUAGUACAUUUGAGAAUUCAAUCAAUGGAAGAUCUGAACUUAUACAGAUUUUACAGACUCAGAGCACUUUGUCUUAGACAGAAUCUCAUUGAAAGCAUGAGUGAGGUAGACGUUCUUCCCAUUGAAACAAUGGAAGAUAUUGAUCUAUAUGAUAACCGAAUAAAACACAUUUCAAGCAACAUUAAUAAGCUCGUCAAUCUCAAGAGCCUGGAUCUCUCUUUCAACAAAAUAAAGCACAUAAAGAAUCUCGACAAGUUGGUGAAUUUAGAGAACUUAUACUUUGUUCAAAACAACAUAUCCGUAAUAGAAAACUUAGGAACGCUGAAAACCUUGAAAAAUUUGGAAUUAGGGGGAAAUAAGGUAAGGGAAAUAUCAGAAACCUCUUUAAAGGGACUGGAUAACCUCGAGGAAUUGUGGCUCGGUAAGAACUUGAUUCCACGCUUGCAGAAUCUUCAUUACGUCAAAAACUUGCGUAUUCUAUCAAUCCAAUCAAAUGGGCUAAAGAAGAUCGAAGGUCUGGAUGAGUUGGAGAACUUGGAGGAGUUAUAUCUGUCUCACAAUUUUAUAUCAAAAAUCGAAGGUUUAGAGCACAAUACUAAGCUCACAACAUUAGAUAUUACCUCCAAUAAGAUCUCUAAAGUUGAGAACGUCGGUCACUUAAAGAAUCUAACAGAUCUAUGGCUAUCUUUCAAUCAAGUGGAUCAGACGUUUGAAUCUCUAGGAGAUGAACUAAAACAGCUUCCUGACCUCGAGACAAUUUAUUUGGAAGGAAACCCCAUUCAGACCAACAAUGAGACAUCAUAUAGACGGAAGUUAGUGCUUAACUUAGGCCCAUCCUUGCAGAAGAUUGAUGCUACAUUUAUCCGUGAGCGAUAA